CUUUUAUGGCUUCUUCCCAUACCAUAGCAGCAUGAUCGGCCUUCAGACACUGGCAGAUCCCUCAGAUACAUGGGAAAUAGUCGAGACAAUUGGGAAAGGAACGUACGGGAAAGUGUACAAAGUGUCUAAUAAGAAGGAUGGGAGCCAAGCGGCUGUCAAAGUCCUGGACCCCAUCAGUGAUGUUGAUGAAGAAAUCGAAGCAGAAUAUAGCAUUCUUCAGUCCCUUUCAAACCAUCCAAAUGUGGUGCAAUUUUACGGAAUAUACUACAAAGCAGACCUGAAAGCUGGGGGUCAACUCUGGUUAGUUUUAGAGCUGUGUAAUGGUGGUUCUGUGACUGAUCUUGUCAGAGGUUUGCUCAAGCGAGGUCACUGCAUGGAUGAAGCUUUAAUCGCGUACAUUUUGUAUGGAGCGCUUUUGGGCCUUCAGCAUUUGCACAACAACAGAAUCAUUCAUCGUGAUGUCAAGGGUAACAACAUUCUACUGACGACAGAAGGAGGAAUCAAGCUGGUUGACUUUGGUGUUUCUGCUCAGCUCACUAACACCAGAUUACGUCGAAACACCUCUGUUGGGACACCCUUUUGGAUGGCACCUGAGGUCAUUGCUUGCGAUCAACAAUUUGACUAUUCCUAUGAUAUCCGAUGUGACGUGUGGUCACUUGGAAUCACAGCGAUUGAGCUCGGGGAUGGUGAGCCACCAAUGUCUGAUCUGCACCCUGUAAAAGCGCUGUAUAAGAUUCCAAGAAACCCACCACCCACCUUACUUCAACCAGACAAAUGGUGUCGGGGGUUCAAUCACUUCAUUUCACAAUGUCUCAUUAAGGACUUUGAAAGGCGCCCAUCAGUUACACAUCUGUUGGAACACCCAUUUAUUAAGCAGGCUCAUGGGAAAGAUAUAACUUUACAGAAGCAGUUAGCUCAUCUGAUCGAAACACAACAGCAGGAUGGAUCAGUGGAAAAAACAAGGCAUGAGCGCCUUUGUACAAGAAAAAGACAUCACCUGAGAGCGUCCGAAGAAGGCGGCCAGGACAUGACUGAUGACUUAGUCAGCCUUGAGUUCUUAGAUGAGGAAACCAUCAUAUACCAUCUGCAGAAACGCUAUUCCGAGUUGCAAGUGUACACUUAUGUUGGGGAUAUCUUAAUCGCCUUAAACCCUUUUCAAGACCUGAAUAUUUACUCUCCAGAGUUUUCUAAGCUGUAUCAUGGGGUGAAACGUUGCUCAAAUCCCCCACACAUCUUUGCCACUGCCGAUGCUGCUUAUCAAGGAAUGGUCACCUUCAGCAAAGACCAGUGCAUUAUCAUUAGUGGAGAAAGUGGAGCAGGGAAGACUGAGAGUGCACAUUUGAUUGUUCAGCAUUUAACCUAUCUGGGAAAGGCUAAUAACCGUGUUCUGCGAGAGAAGAUUCUUCAGGUUAAUCCACUUGUAGAAGCCUUCGGGAAUGCCUGUACUGCGAUCAAUGACAACUCCAGUCGAUUUGGGAAAUACCUGGAAAUGAAGUUCACUCCCACCGGGGCUGUGAUGGGAGCCAAAAUCUCUGAAUAUCUCUUAGAAAAAUCCAGAGUCAUCCAGCAAGCUGUAAGAGAGAAAAGUUUUCACAUCUUUUAUUAUAUCUAUGCUGGACUGUAUCAUCAGAAGCAAUUGGCUGAGUAUAAGCUUCCAGAAAACAAGCCACCCAGGUAUAUUGCCAAUGAAGAAGGCAACAUUAUGCAGGACAUUAUAACCAACAGCUUAUACAGGGAGCAGUUUGAAGCGAUUCAGCAUUGCUUCAGAAGUAUAGGAUUCACUGAUGAGGAAGUGCAUUCAGUAUACAGAGUACUCGCUGGGAUCCUAAAUAUUGGAAAUAUUGAAUUUGCAGCCAUUUCCUCAAAACAUCAGACGGAUAAAAGUGAAGUUCCGGAUGCAGAAGCUUUAGAAAACACUUCAACACUACUUGGAAUCGGUUCUGAAGAGCUUCAGGAAGCCUUGACCUCUCAUUGCGUUGUGACCCGGGGAGAAACUAUAGUUCGUACCAAUACGGUAGACAAGGCAGCUGAUGUACGCGAUGCCAUGUCAAAGGCUUUGUACGGGAGGCUUUUCAGCUGGAUCGUAAACCAGAUCAACACCUUGCUCCAGCCCGAUAAAAGCAUUUGCGAUGCUGAAAGCGGGAUGAAUGUUGGCAUUUUGGACAUCUUUGGGUUUGAGAACUUUAAGAAGAAUUCUUUUGAGCAACUCUGUAUCAACAUUGCAAACGAACAGAUCCAGUUUUACUUCAACCAACACAUCUUUGCUCUCGAGCAGGCUGAAUACCAAAAUGAGGAAAUUGAUGCUGCGCUGGUAGAAUAUGAGGAUAAUAGACCACUACUAGAUAUGUUUCUUCAAAAGCCAAUGGGGUUACUGUCUCUGCUGGAUGAAGAGAGCCGAUUCCCUCAAGCGACUGACCAGACACUAGUAGAUAAAGUUGAAGACAAUUUACGAUCAAAGUACUUUUGGAGACCGAAAGGCAUAGAACUGUGCUUUGGCAUCCAACACUAUGCUGGAAAGGUUCUUUAUGAUGCCUACGGUUUUCUUGAAAAAAACAGAGACACACUUCCUGCAGACGUUGUGGUAGUACUUCGCACAUCUGAAAAUGUAUUGCUCCAGCAGCUGUUUUGUAGUCCACUCACUAAAACAGGUAACUUAGCUCAGUCAAGAGUACGAAUAACUGCAGCUUCCAGGUCACUUCCUCCACAGCUUACUCCAGGUCGUAUUAAGAUUGAUACAAUGGAAAUCAUGAGGCACCCGGAAGAAACGACAAACAUGAAGAGACAAACUGUGGCCUCGUAUUUCAGGUAUUCCUUAAUGGACCUGCUCUCCAAAAUGGUGGUUGGACAGCCCCACUUUGUCCGUUGCAUCAAACCCAAUGAUGACCGUCAGGCUCAGAUGUUUUGCCAGGAAAGAGUACAGGUUCAGCUCCGCUACACUGGCAUUUUGGAAACCAUUCGUAUCCGAGGACAGGGAUAUUCCCAUCGCAUCCUCUUUGAAGAGUUUGUUCAGAGGUACUACUACCUUGCCUUUAGGGCACAUGAGACUCCUUCUGCUACUCGUGAAAGCUGUAUUGCUAUUUUACAAACAAGAUUAGACAAGUGGGUGCUUGGAAAAACGAAGGUGUUCCUCAAGUAUUACCAAGUCGAACAAUUAAAUCUACUGCUUAGAGAAGUCAUUGGCAGAGUUGUGGUCCUACAAGCCUACACCAAAGGUUGGCUCGGAGCCAGGAGAUACAAGAAAGCACGGGCAAGAAGACGAAAGAGUGCUGUUGUCAUACAGUCAGCCUGGAGAGGAUAUGCUGUUUAUAGAAGCUUCAAGCAAAUGAAAGAACAGAGAGAGGAAGCUGCUGUUUGUAUACAAGCAGCCACGUCAGUUAUAACAGGACACACGACACAGAUAUUGUUUGGCAGAAUGGACAAGAUAAAGAGGUUUCCAAUGACAUUUCAACAAAGCCGCUUCCUCCAAACGAUGACUGCAGCAGUGAAGUGUGGACUCCAAAAUUGAAAGAAUCAGGAAAGCAGUCAGAACAAAGACAGCAAAGAACACCUCGCCGACGAACUCAACAGCCCA